AUGGCCGGCACGUUGCCUCCUCUUUUCGACAUUACCGACAACGAUGAGGGUGGAUAUGCUGCAGUUGCGGUCUAUACCCUGCUCGCGUUGUCACUCGUGAUGGUUGUCGCUCGUCUAUCCACUCGGUGGUACAUUGGGGGUGCCCUUCAUUCCGAUGACAUCUUGCUGGGAGUGUCCAUGCUAUUCGGAAUUCUGCAGAGUGUAUUCGUUCAACUUGCCAUGUCCAAUGGACUUGGGCGAAAGGUAGCCACCAUAGGAAGCCUGGAACUCGUGCGCUAUCUGAAGUACGAAUAUGCAGCACAGAUCCUCCUUAUCGUGACGAUAGCCUUUAGCAAGAUCUCGCUUGGGCUUCUUUUCAAGAACCUAAUGACAUCGCGCCGAUUUCUACGAACGAACCAGGCAUUAAUGGGGAUUAUAAUUGCAUGGGCCGUGGGAUCCAUAUUGGCAUUGGCCCUGCGAUGCUCCAUGCCAACACCGUGGCAGUGGAACUCGCCGGCCAAGUGUAUCAACCAGACUGCACUUUUCGAAGCUAUUGCCACACUUAACAUCCUCACGGAUAUUGCGAUCGUGGUACUCCCAUGCCUGUUGAUUCGUUCAGUACAAUUGUCUGGAUGGAAGCGGUUCAGAAUCAUGGCGCUACUCGCCACUCGAAUUCUGGUGUGCAUAUCGGCGGGCAUUGGAGUCCACUUUACUGUCAACAUGCUCAAAUCUUCCGAUAUCCCAUGGGCUAACACCGACUCGACCAUCUGGGAUCAAGUCAUGAUGAAUCUUAGUAUCAUGACCACCGCUAUACCGGCACUCGGACGCCUAGUCAUCGAACUUCAACCCAGCCUCUACGCAUUCACGAUCGACGACGAUCCCGCCGACGCACCUGGGGCGGCCGACAGAUACAAGUUCUCAUCAAUGGGGAAGUCAUUCAGCCAGGGGAAGAAUACUGUCCAGGUGACGAGCGGAUGGAGAGAGUCAUCAUCCAAGGGCGAUGGCGAAAGUGUGGAAGGAUUAGUGAACUCCCCGAUUAUGAUCCAACAGACGAUCCAUUUCGAGGUGCACUAA